AUGUCAGACUAUCUAACACAGACUCUGCUGGCCACCAUAGCUCCCGCGUUUGUAGCUUUUGGAAUCCACAACCAGCUGUCACCACAACUCCACCUCACAUCAAUAUGCCGAGCAUUUUUCCCGAGACUCACGUCCGGACCCGGAGUCUCGCUCGCAGACGAAGUGUGCCAGAUUUCGGCCAUCCAUACCCACUAUACGACGUUUGAAAUCAUGGUGGCAUUAGCGACGCUCGUUCAGAUCUACACGGCCUUCAAGAUCUUGUCGACAAGCGACGCAAAGGGAAGAGUAUGGGGAGUACACAUGUGUGCCAUUCUGGCCACGGCAUCCGUCGGAGUGGCCUGCUUCACCUAUGCCCUGGGAUUGCCGUACCCGGUCUAUCUCGUGUCUGUAGCUAUGCAGUGCGAUAAGUCGGUGCUGGCUCUGGCUGCCAUGUACCUCUGUGACAUGACCAACGACGAAGAGAAAAACACAGAGCGCAUCUCGGAGGUGGCAGAGAAACGGACCACAACGGGCUUCUUUGCAGGCUGGCCGGAUCUACGUCUGCUCCCGCUGAUUCAGCUGCUGGUUCUACGUAUUGUCUGUAAGGACUGGCUGGGUUCCACAGUUGGACGAAUCCUGGAGGAGUCUGGAAACCCGCUUUUGGCCAUGCUGCUGGCUCUGGGUCUCGCCGCAACCUUCUACAUGUGGUCAAAGAACCUGCCAGAGUUCAGAGCUCUUACAGGACCCUCUUAUCUGCACACCCCAAAAGAGUAUCGUGAUUCCAAGGACACGCUCUACUCCCCCAACUCAUCCACUGCUGAUCUCACCGAGAAGGCGGUGCCCUCCCCUCUCAAAAGCAUCAUGAUUGUCGCAGGGCUGGUCUCCAUGACAUCUGCAGCCUCUCUGAAAAUCAUGCCCGUCUUCUCCUCGUACAUGUGGGACUGGCGGACCCUUGAUCUGGCCAAAAUCUCCGUCGGACUGUCCGUCACAGCCAUGGGCGGCCUUUUGGGCACUCCCACUCUGCUGCCCUACAUCUUUCUGGGCAUUUCCAAGAUCUGUCGGCGCUCCAUCAAGCAGUCAGACACGAAUGUGGUUCGUCUGGGCGCUCUGUUUGCGGUAGCGGCCGGCAUUUCGUGCACGGUGCCCAAUGAUGUGGCCUUCAUUGUCGGAAUCAUGGUUCUGAGUCUGGUGCGGUCCGUCUCGUACCCCCACAUUCUUGAUUACAUCAUCCAUGUCCUGGGACCCGUGUGUGGGUCUGGAUACGCCCUUGCGCUGGUCAUUGGUGUGAUGGAUGUGGGAGCAGUAGCAGGAGAUCUUAUCGCUCCAACUCUUUAUGCAAGCGUGUUCCCCGCGACCCAAAUUUUCUUUACCGUUUUGGCAGUGGUUAUGGUGGUGGGAGCAGUGGCCCUUUACAGGCUGCCUGCUCGCGUGAGCGUGUGGGGCGCAAAGGAGGAGCAUGCCGACACAUCGUCCGAGACGGACACCAUGUCGCCAGAGAUGCAUAGCGAUGACGAAAUGUCACGGUCCAUUUCACCUUGGCCUGUGCAGUAA